CACGGCCUGGCGGGCGAUGUGGCGGCGGCGGCGGCGGGCGCGGGGCGGUGUGGGGGGGCGGUGGUGGCCGGCGGCCGUUCUGGUGCUGGCGCUGUCGGUGCCCGCGGCGCGGCCCCGCGAGCUGUACUCGGCCGCUGACCCUCUGGAGCUGCUGGGGGCGGAGGCGGAGGGGCGGCUGCUCGGCUCCCCCAGCGCCUGGGCGGUCGAGUUCUUCGCCUCCUGGUGCGGGCACUGCAUCCACUUCGCGCCCACAUGGAAGGCCCUGGCCCACGACCUUCGCGAGUGGAGGCCUGCAGUGAUGCUAGCAGCCAUCGACUGUGCUGAUGAAGCCAACCAGCAAGUGUGUGCUGAUUUUGGGAUAACUGGCUUUCCCACGCUGAAGUUCUUCAGAGCUUUUAGCAAGAAGGCAGAGGACGGGAUAAGGAUUACCAAUCCCAGUGCCACCGUCGAGGACCUGCGCCAUGCCAUCAUCACCAACCUUGAGCAGAGCCAGGCCGCCUGGCCGCCUGCCUGUCCUCCACUGGAGCCAGCGAGCAUGGAAGAAGUUCACACCUUCUUCCAGAGGAACAAAGACCAGUACUUGGCACUUAUAUUUGAGAAGAGCAACUCCUUCGUAGGCAGAGAGGUGGCACUGGACAUGCUGCAGUACGAGAAUGUGGCAGUGAGGAGGGUGCUGAGCAGCGAGGAGGAGCUCGUGGAGAGGUUUGGCGUCACCACCUUCCCCUCUGCCUACUUGCUCCUCCGCAACGGCUCCUUCUCGCGCCUGCCCGUGCAUAUGGAGGCACGCUCCUUCUACACCUACUACCUGCGCACACUCUCGGGCAUCACUCGUGGCUCCUACAAACUGAACACAACCAUCACAGUUUCCAACGAGACCAACGUAUCCCAGCCAAAGCAUGCUGACCGCUCCAAGGUGUACAUGGCCGACUUGGAAUCCACGCUGCACUACUCACUGCGAGUGGAAGCCACCCGUGCCGCCGCAUUGUCAGGAGCCCAGCUGGCUGCCUUCAAGUGCUACGUAUCCACGCUGGUGAAGUACUUCCCGGGGCGCCCCUGUGUGCAGACCUACCUGCAGUCCCUGGAUGUAUGGCUGAAGAACUGGACAGAGCCUGAACUGCCCCGUGACGUCUUGAAGGGGGCCAUGAAGAAUAACAGAGAUGCCUCCCACCCUGCCUGGCUCCCCACCAAUGUGACCUGGGUGGGCUGCCAGGGCAGCGAACGCCAGUUCCGUGGCUACCCCUGCGGGCUCUGGACCAUCUUCCACCUGCUGACUGUCCAGGCUGCCCAGAGCGGCCCUGACAAAGAGCUACCACUGGAGGUCCUGAGCAUCAUGCGUUGCUAUGUCCGGUACUUCUUUGGCUGCCAAGAGUGUGCUCAGCACUUUGAGGCCAUGGCGGCUGAGUCCAUGGACCGGGUGGCAAGUCGGAAAGAGGCUGUCCUCUGGCUCUGGUCCCACCACAACGAGGUCAACGCUCGCCUGGCGGGAGGUGACACAGAGGACCCCAAGUUCCCCAAGCUGCAGUGGCCUCCACCGGACAUGUGUCCCCAGUGCCACAAGGAGGAGCGGGGUGUGCACGCCUGGGAUGAGCCGGCUGUGUUCACCUUCCUCAAGGCACACUUCUCCCCAGCCAACAUCUACAUGGAUUAUGCUGAGGCUGACCCCAUCCUCAUGGCUGGAGAGGGGACUGGUGGCAGGGUGGGCACUGAGGGCCCACGAGAGGUGAGGGAGAAGGAGGAAGAGGAGGAAAAGGAGAGGGAGGGUGACAUGAGACCUCCGGGGCGACCAGGCUCCACUGAACCAAGACGCCCCAGCAUUGUGCGGCUGAACCCCAAGCUGCGAGAGGUGGGUGAGGAUAUCGUGGACCUGGACUCCUUCAGUGAGCAGCACUUCAAGAGCCAGGCGCUGCGAGCGGCAGCCAGCCGGCACCGGCGGCUCAGCAAGCGGGACACGAUUGCCCUACUCCAGGAUGCCAGGUUGGGCCGGGAGCGUCGGUGGCCUCCUGGCGUCCAGGUCCAGGAGGAGGAGGCGGCUGGGGAGGGCGUGAGGAGGAGCCCCUGGCUGCGGGUGCUUGGUUUGGGCUUCUCCCGCCUGGACAUCAGCCUGUGCGUGGCCCUCUACUUCCUCUCCUCCAUGUGCCUCCUGGGCAUGUACACUUUCUUCCGUCUCCGCACCCGUGCCCGGAAAGGCCGCCCUAGCUUCCCCGUGGCCUGAGAGCAGUUGCAGGGGGCCGAGGGCUGCCCCCGGGGUGGGGUGGGUGGGCUGCUGAUCCGAGACACACCUGGGACAGCGUUUUAU